AGCUACAACAACCAAACCAGGAAGUAGUUGGAGUAUAGUCUGAGCAGCAGUUGUGCACAGUUCAUUCGUACCAUCCACCGUGUCUUACUGAGUUUUUGUGAAACACGAUCCAGGAGUAUCUAAUGACGUUACAAGACGGAACUAGAAAUAAAUUGCAGCAAUCGUACUUGGAAACAAUUUGCUUUCAUUUCAGACAUACCUCAUGGACAGUCGUAGGAUUGACGAUUUUCGAUUGCUGAUUUUAGAGUAAUAUUUCACCUGCAAGAUUGACAAAGCAUGAAUACAGAUGGAAAAUUCGACCCUGGAUAGAGGGAUUUACCCCUUUGCUUUUGUGAUCUUCAUGGACAGCCUGGGUUUAACUCUUUCCGUGUCACUGAACGUGCUUCAUUUUUUGGUUUUAGCACGCACUGUUUCUCUAUUCUCUAUGAAUCUCCGUCUGUGCCUCAAAGCUUUAGCACUCUCUGACAUUCUCGGCGGACUUCUAUGUUAUGGAAUGGAAUUUAUCGUUUAUUUCAAAAGAGAAAUUGUCACAUCAAACGUUCAUGGAUGUAAUAUGGCAACAGCUUUUUGUACAAUCUUCGUGGGGUUUUCUCAAUUUAUACUGUUCGUUAUUACCAUUGAUAGAUAUAUAGCAGUGACACGCCCUCUACAGUACUUCAAUACCCUACCAAGGAGGCGGAUUAGGAUCCUUCUGCUUACUGCUUUUGUCGGCGGAGUAUUCACAGGGAUAGGACGAUCUGUUCAUGGCACAGUGAUUGAUUACUGUGACUUCACGACCUCAAAUAAACUUUUCACACAACCUAUCAUGGUUAUAUAUCACAUAGUACCUAUAUCAUUGGUAAUGAUCACAACUUUCCUCAAUGCGCGUCUUUUGUCUAUCGCACGCGCACAUGCGAAACGAAAUAAAACUACUCACCAAUCAAAUGACACUACGCAUGACCCGGAACAACAUUCAUUCUCAGAAAGGUUUAAGAGCGCAAUAACGAUUUCUGCAGUUGUGGGAGCCAGCUAUUUGGUAUGGUUGCCCUACCUUACCAUAACCAUAAUGUGCGUAGCUUUGAAUUCGGACCUGUCUUUCGUCGGUAAGGCUGUUAUGUACUGGUUACUUUAUGCCACUUUCUGGCUCAAUCCUAUCGUCAUUGGCGUUGUCAGUGAAAAAUACAGGAACGCAGUUCGUAUAGCCAUCAAGGGCAGAGCGCUCAGUCCUUCAAAUUCUUCAACAAACUCUGGAAUCUGCAGAUUCAGACAUCCUUCUCGAGAACAUGUUGUUGAGGCUCACGACAAAAAAUAGGAAUUGGUAAUCCAAAAUGAUCUCGAAAUGACAAGUGAGGGUUUUUAGACGGGUCUCUGUAACUUUCAUCCUCAAACUUUUCGGUCUGUAAAUAAUCUAUUGAGAAAUCAUUAUAUCCAUUUAUGCAGCAAUUGAAUUCCAGCUUUUGAUGAUGAAGCAUUCAGUGAACCUUUGUAAUGUUGAAGAAUUUGAGUUCUUCUUUUACGACAAAGGACAAUAAUGAAUAUACAUGUAACUAUUCGUUGAGGAAUCUUUUUUCUUUGCUUUGACGUGUUGCUUGAAAGUAUAUUUUGAUAGAAUUACCUUUAUCAUGUUUAUGGGUCGUAUUUUAUAUUUCAGAUUUAAGAGUGAAUGC